GCUCACUCCACGAUUUUGAAGCACCGUAUCACGGGUAGACUAAGAAAAAUUACCCUGGUGUUGCUUAUUUCCAUGUGGUUCGGUUUCUUUUAAGAAAAGGCAAGGGAUUAUGUCAAAAGCAGCAAAAGCAACAUUAUUGGCAUCUGUAUUAUUUUGUGGUGCUUCCGUAGUGGGCGUACAUUACAUUCAAAAUACAGAAAAGGAGAAUCUUAGAGCAGGUGUACUGCGCGAUGAAGAGAGAAGACAGAAAAAAGAACAGCAGCGCAACAAUAUGAAGGAGCUGAAAGAACAGCGAGAAUUACACGAGGCAUUGUUGAAAACACAGGAAGUGUCAAAAAUACCAUCGAAUGAAGCGACGACAGAAGACGUCGACUGACGUAGAUGAGCCUUAUAUAAUGAAUAUGAGGGAAAAAGCAUCCAAAUAAAUGAAUGAAUC